CCCGACCUCACUUUCCUUAACAGAAUGCGCCCUUGGCUUGGGUGUUUGGAGUCGUCCCUUCUUUGCAGUUAGUAAAUUCUUACCCACUCUCUAUCCUAUCAUGUGCGAAUUCACCAAUGAAUACCCAGAAUUUGAGGUGGAUGAGAAUGACCUCAUCAAUUUCGAAGAAUUUUGCGAAACAAAAUACAAAGAUUCCGCCGUUCAGAAGUUAGGUUUCUUCAAAGUUCGUCUCCACAAAGAUGUGAAAAGGGGAACAACUUUACGGGAACUCAGCAAUGCGUUUAGUGAUGAUGUCCACGAGUCAGUCAAGGAACUGUCCGUCUUUAAGAACCCUGCGGAAGGAUGUGGGCUUUAUGGCUACAGAAGUGUAAAGGCGAGCUGGCAUUCGAGCGAAUGCUUCUCGAAUUCAGUUACUGAGAGAGCAUUACAUGAAGACACCUGGAAAGGUUCCUGUUGUGUGAAAGCAUUAGAAGAUGAAGGCACAGAAGGAUUCAUAGAGCACUUCUUCUCACAAAUUAGUGAUAAAGCUGAGGCAAUUCCCAAACAUUUAAGGCAGGAUGUGGAUAUGAAGUCCAUAUCAAAUAAGAUCCCUACAUGGCGAGCUGCAUAUGCCAAACGCCAAAAAUAUGAAAAGGGCACGUCAGUUCUGAAAAAGUGUAGUAUUCUUAAACAAUAUACAAUGGCAGAGAAUGUUCCGGAUAAUGCAGUAAUUUGUAAAUGUACGUCCUGUUCAUUUACCACCAUGUUAAAGAGUGUUCCUGUGCCUGCUGGGUCGUCGUCAAGCUUCCUUUACAGCUCAGGCAUUGAUGAAAGUAGUAAGAAGCAUGUGUAUAUGACGGAAAAUUUUUCUAUGAUGAUGCUGUGUUACAAAAAUAUCCUUAGUAUGCUUGAUGGAGUUUACGACGGUAUUUCCUCGCCUGCCUUGUAUGUUGGGGGAAGUCAUUCUUUUUUCCCAUUACACGUAGAAGAUAUGUCUCUUUGGUCUUUCAACUUCCUGCUGCAUGGCGCUCCAAAAUUCUGGAUUGUAAUACCUCCUCAUUCCGUUGCAAAGUUAACAUUUGCAUUAACAUCACAUGGAUUUGCAGGGCAUGCUUCGUGCCUGAACACUUUGGGUCACAAAUUUUACAUCCCUACAAUAUCGUGGCUUCGUGAGGAAUCUAUCCCUUUCAGUGUAGUCCUUCAGAAAGAAUCAGAAGGUAUCGUUGUGCUCCCUAAUGCCGCUCACACAGGGGGGAAUUUAGCACAUAACUGGGCAGAGGCUUGUAACUUUGCUACCAAAAGUUGGAUACCGUAUGGGUGUGUCUAUCCCGCAUGCAAGUGCAUUGCUGAUUCUGUCCAUUUUAUGGACCUGACUCCAUUGAUUGCCGUCCAUGCCAGACAGCUGCUCAAGGCUUACAUUACUCGUAAUGUGAUUCGCACUGUAGAUGAUAGCUACUUCCAUAAAUCAAUUGUUACCCCGCAAAUCAGGAGUCAAACACAGGAUGAGGCUGCAUUGGUGGCUUCUACGCCCAAGAAAAGCAUGGAGAGAUUAAAAUGUCCCAUGUGUCCUCAAAAUUGGGCGAAAGACAUACCAAAAAGAAAUGUAACUAAUCAUUUAAAAAAGUACCAUUCAGGAACCCAACAAGCUCGCAUUGACAGAUUUUUGCUAGACAGCUUUCCUAAAAAGUGAUGUGCAUCUACUAUUAGCUUACUGUUCCUACUGCUUUGUCAAAGCUAUCUUUAUUGCUGUUGUUGUUUAGUUUAGUUAGUUAGUAUAGUUAUUUAUUAGACUUUGAAGUACAAAAAUACAUCAUAUCAUGGUCAAUAGGUAUUUAACAGUUUUACAUUAUAGCCAUUUCCCUUCUAGAAAGUCUUCAACAGCAUAAAACUCUUCCUCAAUUAAAAAUUUCUUAGGUCUAUUUUUAAAAAUAUUUAAAGACGCAGCACUUAAGAUGGUACCUGGUAGUUUAUUGUAAAUAUUAGAGCAAUUAUUUUUUGUUAGUUCAUAGUUUG